GUGGGGCCUUCGGCGAUGCAGUUCGACGAGCUGGCGGAAGAUUAUGAUGCAAUCAUAAACCCGAUGCAGCCGGUAGAGCAGAGAUACAAGAAGAAACUCCCAGUCUGCUUCGGUCCCAUCACAGACAAGAAUGUUGAGCAAGUGAAGACCCUUAACCGAUCCAUCUUUCCCGUGAAGUACAACGACAAAUUCUACAACGAUGUGCAAAACUCUGGAAACUACACUCAACUCGCAUACUACUCGACAGAUAUUCUUGUUGGUGCGAUCUGCUGCAGGGUGGAGAAGAAGGAGGACGCCAGUCGACUUUACAUCAUGACCAUCGGCGUCCUUGCCCCUUACCGCUGCUGCGGCGUUGGCACGUCGCUCCUGGAAAUGUGCUUGAAUCUAGCGGCAGAGGAUGCAGACAUCGACGAAGCAUACCUUCAUGUCCAGACCUCCAACACAGAUGCCAUCAACUUCUACAAGCGCUUCGGGUUCGAAGUGAAGGAUAAAAUUUUGAAUUAUUACAAGAGGAUCGAUCCUCCAGAUUGCUUUGUUCUCUCCAAACAGUUCACAAGACGGUCACAAUAAUAAACGAGGGGUUGUGUAAUUUAACAUGUUCGAAAGUCUGCGCAGACCUGCCGUUGCCUGGGACAUGAGCUCUCCUCAUGGACUGUUGAUUUAUUAUCAUCUGGAGAUCUCGGUAUCGAAUCUUCUAUCUCAU